CCUUCUUUCUGAGAAAAGAAAGCAAAAGAAUUUCAUGAAAAAAAGAAAAUGUUUUCACCACGCUGAAGGCAUCACAAAGUUAAAGCAACACUGGGAGAUGCUCACGGCAGAAGCAAGCCCUGAGGAACACUACUGCACAUUUGUACCCACCGGUACUGCUGGACCUAGUAGACCCAGCAUAAAUGCCGUCUGCCCCCUACUGUACCAGAGCCUGCUUGGAGGGAAUUACCUGCAGCAGAUGCAAGACAGUGAGGGAGCCCGGCCACCCAGUGGCCACGCUGCCCCGAUGGAUCCGCUGAACCUGUCCUCGUACGAUGACGACCUGGAGAGCCAGAACUGGACCCGACCCUUCAACGGGUCGGAGGGCAGGGCGGACAGGCCCCACUACAACUACUACGCCAUGCUGCUCACCCUGCUCAUCUUCGUCAUCGUCUUCGGCAACGUGCUGGUGUGCAUGGCCGUGUCCCGCGAGAAGGCCCUGCAGACCACCACCAACUACCUGAUCGUCAGCCUCGCCGUGGCCGACCUCCUCGUCGCCACACUGGUCAUGCCCUGGGUCGUCUACCUGGAGGUGGUGGGCGAGUGGAAGUUCACCAGGAUCCACUGUGACAUCUUCGUCACCCUGGACGUCAUGAUGUGCACGGCCAGCAUCCUGAACCUGUGCGCCAUCAGCAUCGACAGGUACACGGCGGUGGCCAUGCCCAUGCUCUACAACACGCGCUACAGCUCCAAGCGCCGGGUCACCGUCAUGAUCGCCAUCGUCUGGGUCCUGUCCUUCACCAUCUCCUGCCCACUGCUCUUUGGACUGAACAACAACGACCAGAACGAGUGCAUCAUCGCCAACCCGGCCUUCGUGGUCUACUCCUCCAUCGUGUCCUUCUACGUGCCCUUCAUCGUCACCCUGCUGGUCUACAUCAAGAUCUACGUCGUCCUGCGCAGGCGUCGCAAGCGGGUCAACACCAAGCGCAGCAGCCGCGCGUUCCGGGCCACGCUGAAGGCGCCGCUCAAGGGCAACUGCACCCACCCCGAGGACAUGAAACUCUGCGCCGUUAUCAUGAAGUCUAAUGGGAGUUUCCCAGUGAACAGGCGGAGAGCGGAGGCUGCCCGCCGCGCCCAGGAGCUGGAGAUGGAGAUGCUGUCCAGCACCAGCCCGCCCGAGAGGACCCGGUACAGCCCCAUCCCGCCCAGCCACCACCAGCUGACCCUCCCUGACCCGUCCCACCACGGCCUCCACAGCACUCCCGACAGCCCCGCCAAGCCAGAGAAGAAUGGGCAUGCCAGAGACCACGCCAGGAUCGCCAAGUUCUUUGAGAUCCAGACCCUGCCCAAUGGCAAAACCCGGACCUCACUCAAGUCCCUGAGCCGCAGGAAGCUCUCCCAGCAGAAGGAGAGGAAAGCCACCCAGAUGCUCGCCAUUGUUCUCGGCGUGUUCAUCAUCUGCUGGCUGCCCUUCUUCAUCACCCACAUCCUGAACAUACACUGUGACUGCAACAUCCCGCCCGUCCUGUACAGCGCCUUCACGUGGCUGGGCUACGUCAACAGCGCGGUGAACCCCAUCAUCUACACCACAUUCAACAUCGAGUUCCGCAAGGCCUUCAUGAAGAUCCUCCACUGCUGACCCUGCUGCCCGCCUGCUCAGCAGCCUGCUGCCCACGCGCUGCCCGGGCAGGCCUCAUCGCCGUCCCUGGAAGUCUCGGGCAGCAGGUGUGGGGUAGACUCCGUCUUCUCUUCGGCCCAGCAGGCCCUGCAGUGUUAGCUUGGCACCGUGCCCCUCACUGCCCGCACACCCUCUCUUGGCCAGGGGCGUGCUAGAGAGCUGGGCACUGUGCCAGCCUUCGGGCUGGCUCCCCUGUUUUGAGGGAAGCUUGCAGGCCCCUCUCAACCUCCAGGCCCCCUCCUUGGCACCAAAGAUGCAGCUGCCCUCCCUGAGCUUGCUCUGGGGUGGCGGGGUCAAAUCAGCGCGCUGUUGGACUCGGCCUGAGCUUCUCAGUGCAGCGCUAGGAGGCGGGGGAGGUGAGGGGUGGACAAUUCCUGCCCCACAAGACCCCCACCAGGGAAGCCCGACCUACUGCCAAGGCCCCAGGCAACUUUAGCCCUGGGAAACCCCUGUAAAUACCAGACCUUGGGAAAAACCUGACACGUCCAAGCCAAAAAUCUUCACUCCAUCUGCUGUCCACCAGGGGCCUCUGCUUCCCGCUGCAGUGGGUCUUGACUCCUAACCAGCUCCCAAAAAGGUUUCUGCACCUAGGGGAGCAGGCCUGUCUCGAGGGCCCAGGAGGGUCUGUGGGGCACGGGGCUGCACCCUGAAGUCCACGCCACCUGCUGCCUCCAGAAGGACUUGGUGCGUCCUCUCUUGUAGCAAAUGUUGGGCCUGCCGGGGAGAGAGGGGCAGGCAGGGAAGGUGGGCUGUGACCGUGUCUGGGCCUGGGCUGGGGGUGCCCGAGGUUCUUUAGAGGCUGCCUCCUGCCGCAUUCUGCCACAAAACCACUUUCCUUUUCUACGCCUUUGCCUCGUCUCUGCCGUGUCCCGGCCCCUACUCCUCCGCCUUAGAGGAGCUGGUGCCCAAGCGGCUGCUCAACACCACCGUUGGGGCUGGCCCUGCCCUGAGGUGGGGGAGCUGCAGCCCGGGCCCCAGACUCUGUAACAUCACACGACACGUGCGCCACACUAAUAA